AUGGAAGCCACGGAGUCACGGAGCAGCAACGGCCUCACGUCCGCCGCCACGACUUCAGAGAUCCUUGCGAGAAGAGAGGAGCAGAUGGAGCAGUCUGCGCCCGCUAUCGGCGUCCAAAAGGAGAGCUGGCAAUUAGACUCCGAGAUGCUCCGAGAGACCCCACUGUUGCUUGAGACGCAGGCGAUGUCCGUUCUCCGCAAGGGAGCGGUCACCCAGACGCAGCUCGCCCGCAGGGAAGGGGGGACGGACCGGCGGGCGUGUUUACUGGGUCAAAGCGCAUGUGGCUACUGUGCCAACAUCACCCAGGACAGUGUCUCUUCCCUCAUCGUGCGUCUCAAGCCCUGUUGUCUCCCACCGAACGCUCGCGGCCCCAAGCGUGCCCUGGUGGCACGCAGUGCUUUUCAAGGCUUUUCUCCAAAUUCGGAGGAGUCCGGCCUACUGAGUUUGCUGUAUCUUGCCCCGGUGCGGCUGUCGUGCACUCGGCUCUACUCUCAGCCGACCCAUGCUUCUACACAAUCCUUCGAGCCCAUCCGACAGGUCUCGGCUCCUUGCCAGAAUCCCUUCCCACGCACACCGCGCAUCGAGCUGCGGCCGGAGCCUUUCCCUCCGCGGGUGACCAUCGCCACGAGGCUGGCCUCCGUCGACAGCCCACGGAACACGAUCCUGGCGGCGACUCCGCAAGGGGUGGCCACGCCACCCGUGGAAGCCCACGUGCCGGUGAAGAUCCGAAUGCCCCAGAAAGCCUCGCAGACGCCUCGGACUCCGCCGUCGAUGCUUCGAUCAGGCUGGGUCGCGCCGGCGGACCAGUUGUCAAACACAACACCGGUCUGCAAUAAAGGCAUCUCCGUGAUACAGAGGCGACGUGAGCUGUUGAAAAUGAAAGCACAGGAGAUGCGUGCCGUGGAGCGCAAGCUGCGACAGGAGGAGUCCUUGCGGCGACUCGCCGAGGCCGAGCGCGUGCGCUCCGAGGCAGAGCGCCAGCGUGCGACGCUCCGGCAACGCAGCGAAGAGGCGCAGCGGAGGCAGCAGGAGCAGCGCGAGAGCCUGGCUGGGGAGCUUCGACGUCUUGCGGAGGCCAAGCGACAGGUCCGCCGCGAGGAAGCUCUCGAGGUGGAGCGUAAGCGUGCUGAUGCACAGAAAGCUCGUCAAGAGGCAGCUGCGAGACGAACGCAGGGAAAACUGCUGGUGGUGGAGGAGAAGCACAGGCUGGCCGAGGAGGCCCGGCGCGUCUCAGAGGAGUGCCGGAAGAAGAGGCUAAGCUUGGGCUCCGAUCCUGGCAAGCUGCAGAGCCCCGGCCUUCGCUGUGAAAAUCUUAGAGGUGGACGCAGAAGUGAGGUGUUGGAUGCCAGGCGCCGAGCGGUUCUGGAGCGCGGGCUCACCCGGCGCAGGGCGAAGAGCGCCGAUGCCGCGCAGGAGCGCGAGGCGGAGCAGCGCAAAGCCGAGCAAGAGAAAGAGCGCCUCGAGAAGGAGGAGGCAGAGCGCCGUCGGCUUCGCCUGGAGCAGCAGAAGCGCCGAGCCGAGGAGUCCAAGCAACGGAUUCAAGAGGCCGGAGGCGCUUGGCACGCUGUCUUGGGCCUCACGGCGACGGCCACACUUCAGGAAGUGAAGCAAGCCUUCAGGGACUUGGCCCUGCUCCAUCAUCCGGACAAGGGCUUCCAGAGCUGCGAUGACACGUUCCGUGCCGUGCGCCUCGCGUAUCAGCAGGCGAUCUCCAACUUCGAGAAGGCCAAGGCUGCGGGAAGCUGA